AGCUAUUCAUACCAACUUUUCUUUCAUAUUCACAUAUAUUUCAACAGCCUUUACAUGACAUUGAUUAAGCUGAUAACCGCCGAAGGAGCGCUUAUCGAGGUAGAGCAGGACAUCAUCGAGCAAUCCGGGACCAUCCGCAAUAUUCUUACGGACAUCGGCCUAACUGACAAACCCAUCCCUCUACCGAACGUCAGCGGGCCAAUCCUCACUAAAAUAAUCGAGUACUGCACGCACCACCGCCACGACACUAGCCGCCGCCGCCAAUGCCCCAGCCAGCCUGCGCUGGACACGGAGAGCGAUUGCAGGGAGUCGGCGAUUGAGGAGGCAAUUGCGAAGAUGGAUGAUUUCGAUCAUGAAUUUUGUCGUAUUGACCAGGGAACCUUGUUUGACUUGUUGCUGGCGGCGAACUUUUUGGACAUCCAGCCGUUAUUGGACCUCACCGGAUAUACGGUGGCUAAUAUGAUGAAGGGCAAGACUGUGCAGGAGAUCAGGGAUACUUUCCAUGUGCGCAGUGACUUUACGCCGGAGGAAGAGGAGCAGGUUAUGAAGGAGAACGCAUGGUGCGAGAAUUAAUUAAUAACAAUACUUUUUUUCGGUCUUGAAUAAUAUUUUUUUACGCCAAACCUUGGUGGUUUCUGGUUGUAAUAUUUUUGUUACCGCAAAGUGAAAUAAAACAGUCC